AUGCCCAGACGCUGGCGGGGCGAAAAUUCUAAGGCGGCUGAGGCUCGGGCUCGGCAGCAAGAAAUGAAAGCGAAAGAAAAUGAAGCGAAGAAACAGCAAGAGUUGGAGCAGUACUGGCAGGACGAUGACAAGCAUGUGCUGAAGAAGCUGCAACGAAGAGAGGAACGAGAGCGCAAAAAGCAAAUUUUGCAAGAACGAAAAAUGGCCACCCAACAGCUGCUUGAGAAGGAGGAGAAGGAACUGGCUGCCUUGAACAGGGGCUUCUCUACCGCUGUUAAAAAGACACGUGCUGCCAUCGAGGAGGAGCGGCAAAAGGAAAUGCUGGAGCGACAGAAGCUAGAGGAGCGCAAUCGUCUCAAAAUGUUGCACGUAAUUGUUCCGGAGGAAGAAAUUGAGGAAAAUGUGAACCGCCUGCAGAUCGAUGGCGAAGAGGCUCGAACCGUCGAAGAGGCUAUACAGGUUUUGAGUGCUGCCGUUACCCCCGUUGUGGACUUGCACCCAGAGCGUCGAAUUCGACAAGCUUACAACGCGUUUGAAGAAGAAUAUCUUCCUCGGCUUAAGGCAGAAAAUCCGAAUCUUCGCCUUUCCCAGUUGAAACAAUUAAUCAAAAAGGAAUGGCAGAAGUCUCCAAAGAAUCCUAUGAAUUAUAUGGCGCUGUGA